AUGGCGUCGUCAGGGGGCGUGCCGAAGCACGAGAUGCUAUCUCUGAUUCGUGAGGUGCAGAGCAAUCAGUUGUUCAACCGUCAGCUGUCGUCUAUCUGCCAAGUCAACGGUCUUAAAAGCACUGGCGUCAAGGCAGACCUGCAACGACGCAUCAUCACCCUCAUCUCCGAAUCAGCAGUUGAUCCCUCUCGCUUCGCCCAGGUGAAACAGAGCGUAGCAAACGCAUACGCCCAGCGAAAUGGGACUGCCACGGCCGCGGCUACCGUCACAACCCCCAUAAAGUCCCGAAUUAUCUCUUCCUCUUCUCAGAACAUUCAUUUUACGCCGCCAGUGUAUGGCAGUAGCGUUCCUGGCAUGGGGCAAGGCUUCGGUGGCUUACGGAAUAAUAUUCUGGCCACCCCGGCUCUUGCAUUCAAGACCAGCCCGUUUUAUGUGGUCCAGUCUACCGUCGGUGAAGUUCGCAUAUGCGAAGGUUGGUACCUUAUCAGAACACAUAGCUAG